UGACCAAUCGCAAAGCUAAAUCGGUCCAUUUAACUUUGAAUUUUACGUGCCCCUCUUUGUGAGACAAACUACGGGUAUAUUCAUUGGUGUCACAUCCUUUAUAUUGCAUUGCGAUAUAAGCUCAACCAUGGGAAAACGUGGAGGUCGUAAGCAUCCGGGGAAAUCCAAGCGUAAUAUUGAUCCUGCGAGUACAUCAUCACCCCAGCAUGGUUCUCAGAAGAUCACUAAAUAUUUGGACUCUGUGCCCAGUCCUCCGGCAGCCAAUUCAGGAGCUUCUACUACAAUGAUUGUACAUGAGAAAGCUACAUCUUCUUCAACAAAAAAUGACCUCCUAUCGGGCAUCGUCACCCCUGAGAGUACCCCUCCCAAGACACCCAAUCCUGUCCCUGGCCGGGAGGAAGACUCCCCGUCUCCAGAUGCAACACUUGUCUACCCGCUGGACCCUGAUUCCCCUGCAGGAGCCAUAGAGGGAGCAGCUGGAGCUGGGGAUGCCUCCACUCAAGGAGGAGGAGCAGGAGAUUCUGUGAGGGUCAAGGUCAAGAAAGAGAGAGAUGUGCAAUCUGCUGGCAAUGCUAGUGCAGUGAUCGAUACACCCACCAGACACUCUAUGCGGCUAGGCAGAGGCCGUCGAAUGGUAAAGACUCCAAAGAGUGCUGGUGACUCACGGUCACUCAAUGGUCAGCUUGAGGUUGAAGCAAGUCCAAAGAAUACUGGCCGGGGUCGUGGCAGGAAGAAAGGAAAUUCAUCAGUCAAUGCCAACAAUAGUGGAAGAAGUGCAUCUAAACCAAAAAUAAAAAAAGAGCCAUCGAUGAAGACAAUCACUGAUUUCUUCCCAGUGAGGAGGAGUGACAGACGAUGUAAAUCAGUAGUCGAUGCUGAGAGGAAAUGGGAACUUGAAGACGCUAUCUUAUCUAACAGAGAGGAAGGUGUCAAGGUUGAAGAGAUCAUUGGUAAGGGCAGAGGGGUUGUAUCUACCAAACCAUUCAGAAGAGGUGACUUUGUGGUGGAGUACUGCGGAGAACUCAUCGACAUUCAAUUGUCCAAGGAGAGAGAGCAGAAAUACAGGGCUGAUCCAAAGAUUGGCUGCUACAUGUACUACUUUGAACACAGGAACAAGAGCUAUUGUGUGGAUGCCACACAGGAAUCUGGUCGUGUGGGGAGGCUUCUCAAUCACAGUCGCCAAGGAAACUGCUGCACGAAACUAGUGGACAUUGGAGGGCGCCCCCACCUCAUACUGGUCGCCAAGCGAGACAUCGCCGUCAACGAGGAGCUGCUCUAUGAUUACGGAGACAGGAACAAGGACACUAUCCAGUCACAUCCCUGGCUGGUGUUAUGAGCUUCAGACAUUAUUAUUUCCAAGAUGACAUUUCAACUCCAUCUUUGAACUCUCUGUGUCAACAGACAUGGGAGCUCAUUGACAUUCUAUGAUGAGUAGAAUUAUUGCUGCUGAGAAGCAGAGGAAAUGGAAUACGAUAAUUCACUUUCAGUAUUGCAAUAACAGAGUAUUCAGAAUUGUCUCUGGCAGUGAUGUUUCACUUGCCAUUGUUUCAUGACUGAAGAGGAUCCAUCAAAGAUAGUUUUGUGCUACUGCAGGGAAACAUGUGCCUGAAUCUCAAUCUCCUCUAGAGGAAAGAACGCAAGCUUGGCAUAGAAAUGAAAUGUGUUAGAUUUAUUUUUUGCCAGUGUUGAAGAAUAUUUUUUGCUUAAAGUUGAUCUCACAGGUGUUUGUCAUGAUCCGUUCAUCACCAAUUUAUGAUUACAUGUAGAGGUAAUACUUUACUUUUUUUUAAAUACAUUUUGAAGAAUUGAAUCAGUCAGUUGGGUGAUGUGAAGCAAAAUGAUUAUUGGUGGGAACAGUUUCAUAAAUAAUAAUUCCUUUAAAAAAAUUAGUACCGGUACUCUGGUUUUGAUGAUAUGAUUUCAAUUUUCAAGCUCUUCAGGUUUUCUAUACCAUGGUAUGAAUCAAAUUCCAAUUAAAUUAAGGUACAAUAUUUCCCUAAAUAUCAUAAAUGUUACAGUUCUUAUCCAAAUCAAUAGACAAUUGAAACAUUUUCCUGAUCUUGUCAGUCAUAUGCUCUGUUUCUACCAGUUUAUGAACUUGCCGAAUAACAGAAUGAAAUUGCCAAACAAACUGUUAAACAAUAAUGUGCUCUUUUUUUCUUCAAGGGAGCUCCUUUUAUCUUCCAGCCAGUGUUAAGCAUAUUGUUCGAAAUCAAUCUUGGUUGGCUCAGUAAUUAACCAUGUCUUGCUGUACAUAAUGAAGUAUGAAGCUCCCUUCACACUUGGCUUGCUAAAUCACCUCAAAUAUUAAACAAACGUUACUGUGUCUGUGUUGUGUGUAAAUGAAGAAUGGCAGGAUGUAAUUAAAUACAUAGAAGGGGCAUCAAUAGCCUGUUCACAUACUCACUCACUGAUCAGCGUGUUGUACAGUAGAUUUUAAGUGCAUUAUCCAUAUUUCAUUUCAUUUCAUUUCAUUUUAUUUCAUUCCUAUACCAUAUUACAUGUGGUUAGCCACAAUGUUCUUUUUAAAGUGAGUUACUGCUUAUAUCUGAAUGGGCGUUAAAUCUUAUUAUAUAUGUACCACAACUGCACAAAUAAAUGUUCAAUCACUUCAAUGUAAAUGUUAUGAAAGUAAAGACUUGAUUUCUCUGGGUUUCCUGCUAUCCUGGAAAUCAGGGAAAACAUGGAAAACAAAUCCCCCUUUUUCCUACUUCAGUCAGGAAGAAGUCCCAGAAUUAGAAAAAAUCUCUCAAGUGAGAGAAAACUUCAAGGAGCUCCAUUAGUUUCAAACAAACUUAAUCAGUCGGACAGCAUCUGGUGUUUUAUCUAGAGGGAGUUUCAUUAGCUUCAAACAAACUUAGUCAUUCAGCCAGUCUGAUAUUUUAAGAUGAACUACAGGAUUGUCUGUCCAAUCAUCUGAACAUCGCGAUUCAAGAAUGAAAAGUUCAUCUUAAAGUCUUGAACUUGUAUUUGAAGUUCACCUGUUCACAAUUACAAACCUUGAUGCACUAUUGAAUACCCGUGAUUUAUCCAGUCAAUAUAAUCAUCACAAAUAGUAGGAUGACAUAGCUGAAGAAUACAAUCUGGAUCUAUCUGCUGCACAAAGCUUGAAAUGUGCUAUAUUGCAAAAUAAUUACAGAAAGAAUGCAUGUACUUAAUAGUGAAUGAAUUUCUGGCAUGAUGAUACAGGGCAGAUAUACUGAUUUGACUUGAAAGGAAGUUCAGUAAGAUAAUGUUGUAUUUACUUGUUUUGAAAGCUGAUGGAAUUGCCAUGUACAUGUAUUUCAUAAGAUGAACUUAACCUGUUAUAAUUAUUAAUUGACAAUUCGUUUCUCAUAAUUAUUGGAUUUAAAGUGACAAGUUGCAGAGAAUAGUGAAACCUUUAUUCAGUAAUUAUUUAGAUUUGGGGACCAAUGAAUUACCUGCUACUUAUAUUGAAACAUGUUAAAUUAAUGCUAAAAGAUAAUGAAAUACAAUACGCAGGACUGGCAAAUUUACAAGAAUUUGUUAUAGCAGUGUUCUGUAAAACAAGGUUCAAAUGUUGCAUGAAAAGAAGAAAAGAAAAAGAAACUAUUUUAAAUGUUAUUUGCCUUUGCUUCUACUAGAGUGCUUGUAGUGUAUGUAUAUACCUGGUCCAUGGUUUCGCUCCUGUAGAACUCUCUGAUUCCAAAUAAUCACUUACCGUAAUCAAAAUGUUGUUGCCAAUUUUUCUUCUGGAUGACAGUUUGUAAACAAUUUAUACAUGUAUUUUCCCAAUCCACUCCCUCUAAUUUAAUUUCAUCUACAUGUAGUUACAGCUAGGUGUAUGCCGCCUCAGCCUUAUAUGGACAGUAGAUGAAUGGUUCUUUUGUGUACAGUCUUGUUUGAAUUGUAAUUGAAAGUUUAAUGAUGAUUUAGUUCAAUUUAGAUGUACUGUUGUAAAUAAUCUUUGACGAGUAUUUGUUCAGGGUGAAUAUGUAAUAUAAAGAUAAGUUGCCAUCAUGCCAUGUCCGUCA